UGGAAAGGAAUGCGUGACUGAGUGUAACUGGAGAUUGGAGCAGCGCUGCAAGUAACUGUUGGAAGAAAGUUUGUGCAUGAGACAGAGGCCUCUGUUUGAAGUGAUACUGCAUGCUGCAUGUUGAAAAAAUUAAUCUGUAUUGCAGUGCAUAAGUUGACUCGUUCCCCAAACUCAUAGUGGUCUGGUGAAAUCUGACACUAAGCUACUUGCUAACGCGCAUAGACACAAGCACUGACAAAAAUAAAAUAGUGCUCUGCUCUUGUGCAGCUACAAGGAUGUAAUCUGUACUAUUAUAACUGUUAAAAUAAGACCGCUGAACUCUUUUGGUUUCCUUCCAACAGAACACGACUCCUCCCAUUGGACCGACGCCUAGAAACAGGAAACGGAGCUGCGGCGCACCCAAGUGGUUUUCGUUUGAGUUGCAUGAUUAUCAUAUUGUAUUAAAAGCAGGGUUGAUUAAAUAGGAUAACAAUGAGCACGCCACAGGCUAUUGUUGGCAUUCGUCAUCCCCAUAGGAUGAAAGAGAUUCAACACAUGUCUGAAAAAUGGUGCAAAAGAACUAAAAAUUUGAUAAAUCCAUGGCCUGUUACAGGAAGCUUUGACCCACAGAUUUGUGAAUUAAUGCAACAUCGCAUUGAAGAUUACAAAGCUGAAAAUAAUUCUAAGAAACGACAAAAGAAACGACAGCUUGAAUUGGAAAUUUUAAACUUAUUUAAAAUUAGCAAGCCAAUUAAACGAAAUGUCAAAACGAUUGUGUCUUUCACGGAUAGUCCAGGGGAAACUGGAAACUGUACUAACGCCGAACUUUUUCCAAAUUUAACAGGAACGAUAAAAUUUGAUGGGGACUUUAAUCUUGAUGACCAGCAGAGCCUUCUAGGGGGACUGACUGAUGCUGGCGUACCCGGAAAUGUAAGUGAUAUCCAAAAUAGGUUAUCUGCUGCUUCAGGGCUCGCGGAGAAGGGACCUCCUACUGAUGCAUUGCCCCAACCAGACCCACCCAACUUCAAACAGCGGGGUGCGUCCUUACAGGGCACUGGGGAAGCACACGCCCAGGUAGGAAGGCAUUCAACCUCUAUACAUUCUCCUCGAGAAAAACAGGAAACUCCUCCCCACAUGACAAUCCCAAAAUACUGUAGUACACAGCGACGCCAGUCUGGAAUCAUUAACUGUUACCAGGAUCGAACCGAACUGGCUCGGAAAGGUAAGACAGAUGAUAGCUUUUGGAUGAACUUAGGACCACGUCAGCAAGAUUUGCAACGUGAGUUGGGACGGAGCCAGAUAGUUGAGAUGGAACAGGAAAUAGAUGACUUAAAUGAGGAGGUGGAGGGGGCGACUUCAGGAGGCGGAGUUUCCAUGCCUGCAUGCUUACAGAAACCCGGCACGUCCACAGGGGUCCCUAGAGACGAAUAUGAUUUAAGAUACAGACCUAACAUCAGACCUCCUGACAGAUUGAAAGGGGGGGAGUUCCCAAUUCUGAUACGGGGAACAAGGGCUGAUUAUCAUCCUUUUUCAGCUCGGGACCUGACAGGUUUGGUCUCAGAGCUCCCUCAAAUAUCCGCAGGAGGAGGCAAGUGGAUAAAGGCUUUGGAAUCAAACACGGCUGGAACAUUUCUUUCACUGGGUGACAUCAAAGCUGUCCUCGCUCAGGUUUUGGGGUUGUCUAAAAUGCAGCAGUUUUUCAGAGACAAUGAACUGGACUGGAUUUUGAGUGAAAGGGCAGAUGGAACAGAAUUAGCAGCCUAUAAGGGGGUGAUUUGGCAAGGAAUACGCAAACAGUACCCUAAUAAAAUUGAUGUUGAUGCUUUGAAAGGGGAACCUCUGAAGGACGACCAGAACCCAGCAGCAUACAUCGAUACACAGUUAAAAAGGUGGCGUCAAGAGUCUCAGAAAGAUGUGGAAAAUGAUCCUAUUUUGCUCACUCUUUUCAGAAAUGCAGUCAUCGAUUCAAUGCCAAAGGAUGUCAGCAGACGUUUGGAGGAUGUCGUUGGUCUAACAUCUAUGCCAGCGCAACAGUUCCGUGAUCAUGUGGUUCAUGCAGUAACCCGAUACAGGAAAGACCUAACUAAGACUUCUGAACAGGACCUCCAGAUUCAAAGGAAGCUGGCACAGAUGCAACUAAAUGAUUUGCAAGGCAAGCUGAAAGAAAAGGUUCAAGCUGUUGUGUUCACAGAUCCAGGUGCGGGACGGACUGCUGGAGUUCCUGAGUCAACACAGGCCGCUAGGGGUCCCCAGCCGUUCCGUCCUUCAUACUCAAGGCUUGGUACUCCCUCGUCUGGGGCGUGGCAGGGAUCCCUCCGCUGCUGGUAUUGUGGAAUGUUUGGACAUUUUGCUAAGGCUUGCCCACGGCUUAUGCCCCUCCCAGCAGGUGGUCCUGGAAGAAACGGAGGCUUCCCUAGAAGAGGUGGACCCCUGGGUGGCCCACGACCAAGACCCUCUCAGUUUUAGGGGGGUCCCGAGGAUCCUGCGGGUAAAGCCAGCUCAACCUUUCAGGAUAAGUGGGAAAAGGAGACGGAUGGAGUGAUGGUUAAAAUACAGGCUCCAUAUAUCCUGAUUGGAGGCCAAGGCGCAGCAUUAAAGGUAAACCGGAACACCUUUAUUGAUAAAUGGUACUGUGUUACUCAAUCCUUACCACACAUUACACUGUUGGUAAACCCAGGAUACCAUUCAAGGGACCUCGGUCCGAUGGUAAGAACUGCAGAGCAUUUAACAUGGAACAGUACAGAGAACCCAUUAAUCUCUCUUUCAGAGGAUGGCUCAAUGUUAAGAAUUAGGUGUGAUCUGUCAUUACAAGCAACACCUCAGAUGGUGGUGCUACCAGGGAAAAACAUAAUGAUGACAUGCAAAACCAACCCCCUUGGAUUUAACAGUGAUCUGGAAACUGAUAUUUUAACACAGGUUCCGGACCAACUGUGGUCCAGACAUGAGACGGAUGUGGGACUGGCAGUUUCAGCCAGCCCAGUUACUGUCAAAUUAAAACCAGGUGCAGUUUUACCUUGGCGGCCACAGUACAAACUUAAUCCCGCAGAUGAAGAAGGGAUUGGAAUCUUAAUUGAUGGUUUUUUAAAAGUAGGAGUGCUGAUUGAGAUUUCUAGUCCUUGUAACACCCCAAUUCUUGCAGUUCUAAAAGCAGAUAAAUCAAAGUACCGACU